AUGGACGUCAAGCGUGCCCGCCUUGCGGAUGGUGAGCGUAGGCACGAGGAAAUAGCCAGCCGAGUCGAAAAUGCAACUGCUGGUGAUGGCGAGGGGCGCUUCGUGCUUUGGGCAGACCGGGAGGAUGACACUGACAUGUCCGUGGACACACUUGAGUCGAUGUACAUUGGCCAGGCUCACAGCGCUUGGCGUGGUGUCCCGUUCGGAAAAUGCGCCUUUGAUUGGCAGAUGUAUGCGAUGAUGAUCGAUGAGUUGCGGCCACGCACAAUCAUUGACAUUGGCUCUUGGGCUGGUGGCAGCGCGCUUUUCUUUGCGGAUUUCGGCCAGAUGUUGGUGGGCGAUGCGUUUAAGAAAGUUGUCAGCUUGGAUGUCACCUUGAACAAUGUUCGCAAACGAGCCCGAGAUCAUCCGAAAAUCGAGUUUCAUGAAUGCAGCACUGAACGAUUUCAGGAACUUUUUACAGACGGCUUUGCGGCAGAGUUGCCGCGGCCCUGGUUGGUAUCCGAAGACGCUCACCACCACUUCGCUGCCGUCAUGCAUCGGCUACACGACAUGCUGUGUGUUGGCGAUUAUGUGGUGGUUGAAGAUACAAGCGCACAAAUGCAAGAUUGGUUUGAAGCCAACAUCGAUGAGGAGGAACAGACGGAGGAACGCAAACUCACCGAAGAUGGAAUCGAACAAUUGCGGAAGAAGACGACAGCUCUAGCAGAUUUUUGCCGGUUGCAUGGCGCAGAAUACCGUUGCGACACAAAGUAUACAGACAUGUUCGGCUACAAUGUCGGCAAGCAUUGGAACAGCGUUUUGAAGCGGGUCGCUUAA